AUGCAGGAGCUGGAGAUUCGUGGGAAUUCGGUGGUCUAUGGAGCUUUGAUAAGUGGGGAGGCCGAGGAGUGGAGCAUCUCCCUUGCGGCAUUGGCCUCGAUGGGACACACCCAGGAAGUGAAUGUGAUUAGUGAGAAUGCGGCCAUGUCCAGCUGUGCGCAAGCUCUCCAGUGGACAGCAAGCCUGGCACGCUUGAAGCGCAUGCAGGAUUCCCAGGCUUGCCAGACCCAAGCAUGUUCUCCGACCGCGGUGAGUUUUGCCACUGCGAUGGCCUCGAUCUCCAGCAGCUGGCAGGUUCCGCUGGGUCUGCUGAUGCAGCUCCAAGCGCGACGCGCAGUUGAUGCAAUCAGCACAAGUACAGUAGUCCGCUCUUGCUCAGAACAUACGGCAUGGGAAGUGGCCCUGGAUGUCGUGACUUCUGCUUCCCACGGCAAUGACAUCAAUGAGGUUAGCUACCACAUCGCCCUUGAGACUUGCAGCCAAACAUGCAAUUGGGAGCAAGCCAUUCAGCUGCUCCAACACAUGGGCACGAUGAGAUUUCACUUGUCACCCGUACCCUAUGCAGCUGCAAUGAGGGGAUGCGGUCUUGGAGGUCAGUGGCAGGUGGUUCUUGGUCUGCUUGAGCAAAUGCUGGACCUCAAGCUAGAGCUGGACGAAGCCGCAAGCAGUUGUGUGAUCGACUCUUGUUCGCGUGGUGGGUGCUGGGAGCUUGCCCUGGACUUCUUCUACCGUAGCAGCUUUGGCCGAGUUCACGCCAUCUUUGAUGCUGUCACCUACACGGCCGCCAUUUCAGCUUGUGAGCGUGGAAGCCAGUGGCAAAGAGCCUUGGAGCUUCUGGAGAGCUUCGAGAUGGAGCUUAGGCUUAGACCCGACACGAUCCUCUUCAACGCAGCGAUCUCAGCUGCCCAGAGUGGAGCUCAGUGGGAAGCAGCCUUGGGUUAUCUGGGAAGGAUGCGGGCCUUGGACGUGCAGGCAGAUGCCGUCACGCACAACGCAGCUGUCAGUGGAUGUGAGCCCGUGAGUCUCUGGCAAAAAGCUGCAUACGUCUUCAGAGAAGCCCAAGAGAGGCGGCUGCAGCCUGGCGAGGUGGGCCAUAACGCUGUGAUGAGCAGCCUGGAGAAGGGCACCCAGUGGCUGGCUGCUGUGAUGUGCUUGGAAGAACAGCUUCAGGCCUUACCCGCACCUGGGAAGAUUGCCGUCGACACGGUUGCCAGCGCCAUCCAGAAGUCCAGUCAGUGGCGCAUGGCCAUCGGGACUUCCCGACUUCAGCCGUCACCGGACGCGCUCGCGUCUAGGACUCUUCCGGAUGUUUUGAUUUUCAGUGCGGCCAUCAGCGCCUGCGAGAAGAGCCUCCGGUGGAGAGUUGUUCAGGAGCUGCUGACAGAGACGACGACAGUGGUUGGCGAGGUUGUAAGCCAGCUGAGAUCGGGGAGAAGCAAAGCCUUGCCGGGCCUGUUGCGGGUGGAACUUAGCGAAGUUUCCAGGAGGGUGGCCAAGCUAAGCAAUGCUGGCGAGUCCGGCAUGGCACGGCUGGUGACCCUCACGAAGCCCAAGCCCGACAGCACGCUGGCCGAGAUUGCCAGCUGGAUUUGGUCUGCUGCCUCUGCUGCUGUGGAUGACUCAACUGUGCUGCAGGCUGUCGUGGAGCUGGCGAGGUCUAGAAUUGAGAUGGGCCUCGCACAGACGCUUUCGCCGCGAAUGUUGGCCAACCUUGCCUGGGGCUUGGCCAGCCUCGAAGUGAAUGCUCCCCGGGUCUUCCUCGUCUUGCAAGGAGAAUUGCUUCGCAGAGGAGAGGUGCUGAUGCGAAGUGAAGCUCCAAGGAGCGUGCUGGUGGAGUUUGCAUCAAUAGUGUCCGAAGUGCUCUGGGCCUGCCACUUCGUGGGCACCCUCUCAACCACGCCAUCUUCUACGUUGACAGAGAUCGUCUUCCAAGUGUCGGGCAAACUGGAUGCCAUGGAUGCCAUGGUGGAUGCCGUGAUACCACUGGCUCUCACGGAGACCGCCGAAGGAGCCGAGGGCCAUGUGCCGCGAAUUCUCCUCGACCUCUCCGAUCGGCUUGUGCUCCACAAGCCGCCGGGAUGGCAGGUCGACGACCAAACGGCAAGCGAGGGGAGACCGCUUUCUGGCUUUCUGCGCUCUGCCAUUCCUGGCCGGCAUCGGCUGCUGAACGACUUGCACCAUCAACGAGGUUUCUUGCAUCGCCUGGAUGUUCCAAGCUCAGGCUUGAUACUUGCUGCCACAAGCUACACAGCUUACUACGACCUUCGCCUACAGCUUUCCAUGGGCAUGAUGCUGCGUGAGUACACGACCCUGUGUCACGGGCUCCUGGGACCCCACCGAGAAGUCACCGUGCCCGUGUUCUGGCGGCGUGGCGAGGCGGAUGCAAGCGCAGUGCGCCCAGAGGGCCGACGCGCGAGAUCCAGCUUCCGCCGCUUGGGCUUCACCUUUCGUCGCCAAAGCCUUGAAAGCUACUUAGAAGGCUACUCCUUGGCAGAGAUUCGGAUUGGCACCGGCCGCCGGCACCAGAUCCGCCUACACGCGGCUCACAUUGGCCAUCCAACCGUUGCCGAUGGGAAGUACACGGCGGGCACUACUUUUGAGGACGACUUAUCGUGGUGCCCGCGAAACUUCCUACACAGACACCGUCUGUGUUUCAAAGAAAGUGUCUGUGGUGCAGAGCACUCGGUGGUGGAGCCCCUGCCGAAAGACCUUUAUCUGUCGCUCAACAGGACGAGGCCAGACGCCCGGUUUGUCAACUUGCACGAGACACUGCGAGCUGCUGCAAGCCCGUAA